AUGGUAAAAAAUGCCGAUUAUCAGCUUCGUACAAAUAUUUUGGCUUUACAUAACUUAUAUCCUAGUUGGCCAAACCGCCGAAUUGCUAGUGAAUUGCAAAAUUCUGAAAAUCCUCCAUCAAAACCAAGAUAUUUAAUACUGAAAAUCAUUAAACAAACUAUUGAACGUGGUACAGUAGAAGAUAGACCAAGAUCUGGUAGAAAGAGAACAACACGUACAGCACAAUUCAAGCAGAAAGUACAAAAAUUUAUUUACAAUAAAAAAAACCGAUCUACCAGAAAAUGCAAUGAUUUUUUAAAACGAAAAAAUAUUAAAACAUCAAAAUCAAGCGUAUGGCGUUUAUGUAAAGAAUCAAAAUGGAAAUUUUUUCGUCUUAAAAGAUCACAGAAACUUACGGCAACUCAUAAAGCAAAUAGAGUGACAACAUGUCGUAUUUUACCCCAAAAAUAUGGAGUAAAUCGAAAUGCCAAAAGGUUUCAAUGGCGUAAAGUAUUAAAUACAGAUUUCAGUGGUAGUAUACGUUUAAUAAGACCAAAUAAUAAUAGAAAUGAUGGAAUAUGGGCUGCAACUGCUGAUGAAAUUGAUAGUGAUAAUCGUAAUGCAGGUGUACAAAAAUUUUCUGCAGGUGUUAUAUUGUGGGGCGGUAUUAGUGAUGAUGGUUUGUAUCCACGUAAUGCACCAUUUUAUUUCAAUGAGUGGUUGGAUAAGAAAUGUAUACAAAUUGGCAAAACACGUCGAACAUUAGAUUCCAGAUUAUAUUCAAUGUUUAUUCAACAAGUAAUAGCUCCAACAGUAAAACAAAUUAGACCACAAAUGGAUUUAAUUUUUCAAGAUGAUUGUGACCGGAAACAGAGAACGAAACAAGUACUGGGAACAGUAACAAAAUAUUUUCAUCAACGAAUUGAUCCAAAUGAUUGUACAUCCAAAAAGGCGGACAUAUGGCCAAUUGAAAAUAUAUGGGCCAUUAUUAGAGAAAAAUUGCGUGGAAUAGAGUUCCAAAAUAUUCGUACAUUAAAAGCUGCAAUUAAUAAAGUUUGGCGUUCCAUUGAUGCGACAACAUGUAAAAAAAUGAUGGAAUCAAUUCCUCGAAGAAUGAUGGCUGUAAUUGAAAAAGAUGGAUCCAAUAUACAUAAAGAAGACUAUGAAUAA